CAACACUGAAGCGAUCCAGCCAGUCUCGCCCCUCCGCUCUCCCAGCACAGCAGCAGCAGCGGCGGCAUCGUCGUCCCCGCCGGGUCCGGUGGCAGCGAGGAUGGUUCAGUGGAAAAGCAGCCGGAGAUGCGAACCACAGUGACGAGAUAAUAAUGGCCCUCUAUGUACAGCAGGAGAACACUUAACCAUGUUGCUCUGAGUUAGGAAGAGGAGGAGGAGCGGAGAGGCAGACGGGCAUCUCCCUUUUGGUGGUCCUUUUGCAAACUUGAAGCGAUGGGUAACACAGCCACCAAGUUCCGCAAGGCCCUGGUGGGUGGCGACGAGGCCCUGGCCUGGCAGCUGUACGAGGGGAACCCUCAGUUCAGGGACGGCCUUGACCCGAAUGCAUCGUACGGAGAGCAGUACCAGCACAACACGCCGCUGCACUACGUCUGCCGCCACGCCAUGACGCGUCUGCUCAGGGCCUUCCUGUUCAGUAAAGAGGGGAACCUCAACAAGCGCAAUGUGCACAACGAGACCUGCCUCCACGUGCUGUGCCAAGGCCCGCAGAUCCUGCUGCUGCCAGAGGGAGCGCUGUCGCCGCGACUGGCCCGACCGCAGAGGGACGAGCAGCGCCGAGCCGACUCCCUGCAGAUGAGCCUCAGCUGGACCGGUGCCAGGCUGGAGGGAGGCCAGUACGAAAAGGCCAAUGUCAACGCCACCGACAACCACCACAGCACCUGUCUGCACUAUGCUGCGGCUGCAGGCAUGAAGAGCUGUGUGGAGCUGCUAAUCCAGAGCGAUGCAGACCUUUUUGUGGAGGACGAGGACAAGUUGACGCCAUGUGACCACGCCGAGCGGCAUCACCACACCGAGCUGGCCCUCAGCCUGGAGUCACAGAUGGUUUUCUCCUCCUCUUCAGCUCAGCAGUCAAACACGGACGCUCAUGGUGAAACCAACCUGCGGCAGUACAAAGAGCCUUAUGAGGGACUGAAACUUCAGGACCUGCGCAGGCUGAAAGACAUGCUGAUCGUGGAGACGGCAGACAUGCUGCAAGCCCCCCUCUUCACUGCCGAGGCCCUGCUCCGAGCACACGACUGGGACAGAGAAAAGCUUCUGGAAGCCUGGAUGUCGGACGCUGAGGGUUGCUGCCAGCGCUCAGGUGUGACCAUGCCCACCCCACCACCCAGCGGGUACAAUGCCUGGGACACCCUGCCCUCACCUCGCACCCCAAGGACCCCACGCUCACCACUCACGCUUACCCUCACCUCCCCGACCGACAGCUGCCUCACACCUGGAGAGGAGAGCCUGGCUUCGUGUGGGAUCUGUCUCUGCUCCAUCUCAGUGUUUGAGGAUCCAGUGGAGGUGUCCUGUGGACACGAGUUCUGCAGGGCGUGCUGGGAAGGGUUCCUCAAUGUAAAGAUUCAGGAGGGUGAUGCGCACAAUAUCUUCUGCCCGGCCUAUGAGUGCUACCAGCUGGUGCCGGUGCACGUGAUAGAAAGUGUAGUUUCCAGGGAGAUGGACCAGAGAUAUCUACAGUUCGACAUCAAGGCGUUUGUGGAGAACAAUCCUGCCAUCCGAUGGUGUCCUGCAGCACGUUGUGAGCGGGCGGUGCGGCUCACCCGACCAGGCCCCGGGGACAGUGACCCCCACAGUUUCCCCCUGCUGCCCUCCCCAGCCGUUGAUUGUGGCAAAGGUCACCUCUUCUGCUGGGAGUGCCUUGGCGAGGCCCAUGAGCCAUGUGACUGUCAGAUGUGGAGGAACUGGCUCCAGAAAGUUACAGAGAUGAAGCCUGAGGAGUUGGCAGGUGUGAGUGAUGACUAUGAGGAUGCUGCUAACUGCCUAUGGCUGUUGACCAACUCAAAACCAUGUGCCAACUGCAAGUCGCCUAUUCAGAAGAAUGAGGGAUGCAACCAUAUGCAGUGUGCUAAGUGCAAGUAUGACUUCUGUUGGAUAUGUCUGGAGGAGUGGAAGAAGCACAGCUCAUCAACAGGAGGCUACUAUCGCUGUACUCGCUAUGAGGUCAUCCAACAGCUGGAGGAGCAGUCCAAGGAGAUGACUGUGGAGGCAGAAAAGAAGCACAAAAGUUUUCAGGAGCUGGAUCGUUUCAUGCACUAUUAUUCUCGCUUCAAAAACCAUGAACAUAGUUAUAAGUUGGAGCAGAAAUUACUAAAAACAGCCAAAGAGAAGAUGGAGCAGCUCAGCAGAGCCUUCAUUUGCAGGGAAGGAACUCCUCCGGACACGCGUUUCAUCGAGGACGGUGUGAGUGAGCUGUUGAAGACACGACGCGUCCUAAAGUGCUCUUACCCAUACGGCUUUUUCCUGCAGCAAGGCAGCACCCAAAAGGAGAUAUUUGAACUAAUGCAGACCGACCUGGAGAUGGUUGUGGAGGACCUGGCCCAGAAGGUCAACCGGCCGUACCUGAGGACUCCUUGCCACAAGAUAACUAGUGCAGCACGUCUGGUGCAGCAGAAGAGGCAAGAAUUCCUGGCAUCAGUGGCCCGAGGUGUGGCGCCCAACGAUUCUCCCGAUCCGCCCCGCCGAAGUUACCCAGGAGGAUCAUGGGACUGGGAGUACCUUGGCUUCGCCUCCCCUGAGAUGGGGAGUCGUCACUCUGUACUGGGAGCAAGAGAUCCGAGAGAGAGACAGUCACAGGAUUAUGCUGACAUCCAGUACCGUCGCAGACACCGACCACGGCGCAGAGGAGAUAUGCUGAGUCUGCACAACCUCAGAAGCAGCAGCAACACACCAGAGACCAGUAGGAGGAGUGACAACGCAGAAAAUCCAGAGAGGAUUGAGGGCCGCAGGAGAGUGCUGGGCUUGCUGGAUGAAGACGAUCCGAACAUCCUGCUGGCCAUCCAGCUGUCCCUUCAGGAGUCUCGCAGAGAGCGAGACCUAGAGGGAGGGACGGAGGGGAGAGUGGAGCUGGACCGUGGACCUGACAGAGGACAGCAGAGGAUGCGGAGAACCUCGGGGGACGCGGGUGAUGUUACUUUGCAGUCUCUAAACACCGACUGUCCUCCAGGAGCCAGAGGCUCCUCCUUCCCCGCUGCUCUCCAGAAGCCCCCUCGACCCCCUAACAGGACAGACUCCACCUCUCAGCCUCCCAUGUCAAACCCUCUCCCGCUCCCGCCACCCCCUCCCUCCCUCAGUGCGGAACUGCUGGAGCUGGGAGACAGCCUUAUGAAACUGGGGAGCAUAACCGCUCCUUAUGACCUAGACACACACACGCAGGAGCAGCUGUGCUCUCACCAUGCAUACAACCACAGUACACACACCCCUCCUUACACCAUCGAACCUACUUACAGCGACUUCAGACCGGAACAAAACCCACAAACUACUCCAUACGCGCUUGACCAUGUUACCAUUACUGAUCCCAGUUAUGGCCACUCCAGUGGUUAUUUGUCCGAGGCUGAACACGCUGCCUCUUGCUCACUUGAACGCACCCAAGACCCGGCUCACUCUGGUUCACGUAACCGGGAGCACGGGACCCCGUGUGACGGCACCCCGCGACCGGACAUCUCCUACAACGCCGAACACGGCGGCUCGUACACUCAGACCGCUGCCUACGCUCUCAAACACCCGCCCAAAUCAGAGCCCCAGCCCCUCGCCCAGUUGUGCCUCCCGUCUCCAGAGCUAGAGCCGGAGCUGCUGCUCUCACCGGUGAUCCCCCCGGGGGGGGCUUUCACCCCCAGUCUGGAGCCCCUGGACCCAACAGCCAGUGCCCAGCUGCUGGACAACAUCAUGGCCUGGUUCAACAACAACAUUAACCCCCAGAACAACCCCCAGAGCCUGGCGCUCAUCCCCUCCCCACCCACCACAGAAACGGACUCCUCUCCUGACACACACACUGAGACUGAGUCAGAGAGCCAGACCUCCAGGGGCACGACCCCCGCCCUGCUCUGGCAGCCCCUGGAGGGCGAGCCAGAGGCUGGCGGUGGGUCGGCGAGCCCCCGCCGAGGCGCGGAGGGCCUGAAGACGUCGAGGCCCAGCACUCUGGAGCUAGAGAAGAGAGCGGACGCCGAGGAGGGUGCGGACGCAGGGUGCGUGUCUGAACUGUCGCUGGACGAAGCGCACGCGCACUCGUGUUCGCACUCGUGUUCGCACUCGUGUUCGCACUCGCAAUGUGGAAACAGUCCCGCACACACUGCCGCAGACACAGAGAGAGACCUGGACCUCAUCCUUCAGCUAGAGGGAGAACAGUCUUCUGUGGAGUGGGAGGAACAAGUACACCUGGUGUGACAGCAACAUUACGAUGUGGAGUGAGAACGAUAAUAAUGAUAAGAGAGAAGUGAAAGAAGGAAGAAAAUCUUUGGAGUGCUUACUGUAUGUAUUAUACUGCAUUUACAGGACACAAAACCCUGGGGAUUGUGUCCAGUAAAGAUGAUGUCAUACGCAGACGCAAGUGCUUUUGUCUGCUCAAAAAAUGAAAUAUUUGAAGUACAUCAAUGGAAUGCUACUGAUUUCAUAACACAUAAAAUGCUGCACAUGUUUUUGUUUCCUUACCUGUAUUUGUGUUGCCCAGGAUGAAGUUUUGGUGCUGAACUCCAAACCCGCCUCACUUUUUAGUUAACACGCCGACCCGACCGCAAGCUCCCUGGAGCCAAAUAUGCUAACUGUAACCUGGGAGCUUGUUCAGCGUACUGUACAAUCACAUGGGCCUAAUUCAGAUUUUUGGACCUUUGUGCACACUGUGCCUGUUUUGUUAGAGAGCAGACACGCUACGGAGGAUUUCUUUUGGCAGGCCGCAAACAACGGCAAUAUGCUUGUCUGCUCAGUGAACGUCACGCUAGCGCAACGUGCCAUCUGGGGAUUUAAUGACGGCUAUAAUUAUUUUGUAAAACGCCAGCGAUCACGUAAGAGAUCUAAUCUUGUCCCUCUACACGAGGAGGUCGGAGGUCAGAAUUCAGCAUCAAGCAUUCUUGUUGUGAGGGGGGGGAUUGCAGUAUUUUACACCUGCUUUGGCUCAGUUUUGUCAUUGUGCAAAACCCUUCCACCCAAAAUGCCUUUAUAAUAAUAUAAUGUUUGCCUCGAAUUUAUGGAAUACAUAACAUCUUUAGCAAAAGAUGUAUCCAGCUACAUUUCACAUUGCUGCAUUUGAAUCACAUUUCAAAACAAAUGGAUUUUAUUAAAUGCCAUCAAAGAGAAAUGAAUGCUAGAAGUAAGUAUUUGAACAUUCAGUCUUCAGAUACUUUUGUGUGAAAAGGGAAAAUGUUAUCAUCCAUCAAUUUGUCAGUUGGUACAUUGACAACUGAGCCAAAUCAAUCAAUACUUUAUAUGAAAAUUCAUUUUGUUUGCUUAUCACUUUAUCAUCUAUAUUCCACUACUGAUGGCUAGUGCAGUGUGCUGUUUGAUAGAUGAGAGCUGGGUUGGGGUUUAUUGUAGUUUAUCCUCUUCUAUUUCUAUUAUUUGUAUAGAACUGUUUUUUCAGUUUAGACCAGAGUUGUUGGGUCUGUGUGCCUUUUUUGUUUCAAUCAUAUUUGUCUAUGUUUUGGUAUUUAUUACUGUCAUCGCUUUUAUACAUGCAAAUCAAAGUUGUCUUUGAGGAUUAAUGGAGAACACACUACUUUGGCGGUUGCCAUAUACUGAGGUUCUUGAUGCACGUUGGUAUUAUUUGUCCUCACACCACAGGUUUAUAAUAUUUUAUUGUAUCCCCUGAGAAAAGCUGAAUUGCAGAUAAGUGAAAUAAAUUUGUUAAUUAUUUACACUUUACACACUUGUUUCCACUAUAAUUACGUUUUAUAUCCAUGUUGUUUGAAUGUGGCCUUUGAUUUUCUCGAAAAUGCGAUUCAGCACUCUUUUUAUCUUUAAACUUAAUUUCCCAACUGGAAUGUUUACAAGAUAAUUAAGCACUGCCUGUUGUGUUGAGAUAUGAUCUGGUGCUGCUGGGAGUGAAAUCAUAAUAAUGGAGUGUGUUUAUAUUCAUACUUUCAUGCCAAUCCAACAAAUGUUGAGAUAUCCUAAUUAAGUUGAAAUCUGUGUGUCUGCAUUAAAUGUGCCAAUUAUGCAGAAUGUGAUUUGAGAAAGCGCAUCACGUACGAUCGAAUAUUAAAUUUAUUUAAAGUCCGGGUGCUCCACUGAAGUGACAAAACCCCUAAAAUAACCAUGUUUUCUUUCUGUAUUCAACAUUAAACUGUGAAGGCGCUAGACAAGUUGUUAGGUGCUGAUGGAGACAUUUCAUGAGGCCUGCUGAGCUUGUGUGACCUAUAAACAUUUCAGACAUUGGUUGUUAAAUUAUUCCUUAAGAAAUAUUUACUUUAGUUAACUAUAGGAUAUGAAACAAGAAUCUGGACUCCUUUUAAUUUGCACAGGCAUGCUGUGUUGCACUAAUCAGGUGGAUGGGCAAGAUGUGGAAGGAUGAUUAGUGUUCUUUUAUUAUUUCCUUGUCUUGAUUUAGAAUUUGAUUUAUGGUGUCAUGGGAAUGGUCCUGUAUAAUAUGGUAGACCAUAUAUCAUAUUUUAAUGAUCCCUCAUAAAACCACUUGAGAAUAAUAGAAAAAUGAAAUUGCACUAGCAUAGAUUAUACUUGAUACAUUCCCAGUCGAUCCAUAAGAAGGGUUUGAUGUGUGGCCAAAACUGUAAAGGAAAGUGUCAGUGCAAAGUUUUCUCUCAAUAAAAACAACUGAAAGAUUGUCACUACAAGAUUUUUGAAUGGUAAAUACUGCCUUCAAUUAGAAAAAUUAGAAAAGAUAUUAUGCAGUUUUACUGCGUAAUACAAUUUUAAAAAACUUCAAUUCAUUAGAGUCAUAGUUAAUGGUUUGUAACACCGACUGUGGCAAGUUCAACUAGCUGCAGCAAAAAAAGCUCUGUGUUACUUUUGUGUUUAAUUUGUGCUUGUAGGCGUUGCAGUUUUUAUCUGCCCAAACUGGCAUUGUCAUGGAAAUGUUAUAUCUAUAAGUCAAGAUGUUAACUCUAUACCUUCAUUGUAAAAUGAAAAAAAACAUUUAAACAAACCCUCAAACAGAAAACUGCCGCUUUCUUUUUUUUCUAAAUAUGAAUUGCACAGGGACGUGUUUACUGAUUGCCCCCUAUUUCUACGAUGUUAUAACGUUUUUAAAAGCGUACAUGUUGUGAAUAAUUGUAUUAAUAAAAGGCCAAACCAG